GGCGAAUUGGAAAAUUGAGCAUCAAAAUUCCUUGGAAAAGGCUAGGUUGGGAACCUAUUAUAAUUGUGUUAGAGGAUAUUUUCUUAUGUGCAUGCCAGCGUGAAGAUAAUGAGUGGAGCGCUGAUUCAGUGGAAAUAAGAGAAUUAGCUGGCAAAAUGGCUAAACUCAAUGCAAUAGAACUAGCAAAAUUUUCAAGACGAGUGUCAGACAAUCAUGCUGGACAGUCCUUCAUAACAUAUAUCUCCACGAAGAUUCUAGAAAGCAUCCAAGUGUCAAUAAGGAAUGUUCACAUCGUAUACAUUGAUUCUCAUAAUUACCAGGGGGAAUAUGUAUUUGGUUUAAAAUUUUCAACUCUUACCGUAAUGACUGAUACAACGAAGCACAGCUCUACAGUGUCCUCUGUUGUGAAAUCUAAAGGUGGCCAAGUAAGUAAGAUUGUUGAGAUAUCUAGUGUUGGGCUUUAUUGCAACAUGUUUGAAGCAGCAGAAAAGCUAGAAGGAUUUGCUGCUAUACCAGACUCCAAGGAAUACCAGAGGCUGAAUUCUGACAAUGAGAGUUAUAAUUUUUUAUUACUGCCAUUUGAUGUCAGAAUAUCCCUGCAGGCAAAUAAAUCGGGAAAACUCAGCAGCGCAUAUACUGUUGACAUUGAACCCACUGCCUUGGCUGUCACGCUCAGUGAAAUGCAGUUGCAUCAGAUUUUAAGUCUCUUUGAUUACUUCUCGAUUUGCAUUCUUAGGGAAAGGUAUGGACGCUUUCGGCCAUCACAGAUCUCUUUAUCUAGGAAGCUUCCUGGAUGGCAGAGGAUGUGGUGGCAAUAUGCACAAAAUGCUGUUUUAGUAGAUGUUCGCCAUAAAUUGUGGAAAACAUCCUGGAGCAGCCUUGGUAAAAGAAUUAAUGAGCGACGGAAGUAUGUUAAUUUGUAUAAAAGAAAGCUUGAACUGAUUCAACAAGAACUGGUUGUCAGUAAAGAUAUUCUUCUUGAGCUGGAAGAAAUGGAUAGGGUGUGCUAUAUUGAUGAUAUCCUAAAUUACAGAUCAUCUGCAGAGCAAAAAAUGCAGGAGCUUUCCAAGAUGAAAACUUCUACUACUGGAACAAAUGAUGAGAGGCUACCUUCUGCUUCUUAUGAAAAGCAGCAACAUGAUGACAGGUCAUCUAGCAGUGCUCGGGGAUGGUUGAAUUGGCUGUCACUGGGGAUGCUUGGAGCUGGUGGUACAGCUGACUCUAGUUCAUUUGCUGGUGUUGUUUCUGAUGAGAUCAUAAAGGAUAUUUAUGAGGCCACCGAGUUUAAUCCUGUUUGCUCUUUCACUGAGGAUUCCUGCAGAAGAGAGAAAUUUUUAUUCUCCGUCAGUCUCAACAUCUGUCAAAUUGGUGCUACGAUUUUGAGCAAGUAUGAAAAAAUGAUCAUGGAAGCAAUUCUUAAGGGUAUCAGUGUUGAGUGCGAGUUUAGUGAAACUUCAUCUGCAUUGGCUGCUUUGAUUACGCUAAUCGAUCCAUUUAAUAGAAACAUUCUGCUAAUUGCAAAGAAGGUUAUGAUGGGUGAGAGUUCAUCACUUCAUCCAUUACCAUUUGUCAAUGUUUGCAUUAAUAUACAAAAGUCUGACCAGAGUAGUGAAACUCUUAUAAAGGUUGUACUCCAGCCAUUUGAAGCUACUUACGAAUCAGAAUUUUAUCUGAAGGUGUUAGAGCUUUGUGAUGUUUUGGUUUCUUUUCAAUUCUUGCACAAAAGGGUAUUACUUUCUCUUAAUGGAUUCAAAGAUUUCAAGGAUAGACUAUUAUUUAAAGCUGAGUAUGUAUCACAUAAUUCUAGGAAAAUUAAAUGGGAUGUCGUUCUCCAUAGUUUCGUCAUAAAAUUUCCUUUCGUGAAUGAAGAUGCGGAGCCUUCCAUUAUGCUUUUGGAAUUGGAAGGUCUUUUCAUCAAAUCCAUGCCUAAAACUGAAAGGGUUCCGAACUUGCUAGAAAACAGUCCAUCUUAUGAUUAUGAACUCACGUCUUCCGUGAGGGACAUCAUGGAUAAUGGUAUACUCAAUUUUCAGCUUCAAGAUUUUUAUGACCAAAUUGAGGUUGGAUUGACAGCUUUUGAAGUGAAAUUGUUCAUGCCCAGUUUUCCAGUUGUUGUCUCAGUUCUUGAAAAAUGUAACCCAAUUUUUGAAGUUCGUUUAUGCAUUUUCAUGGAUGAACCGAUACUGAAACCAGUUGAGGUCAAUUGUCUAAUGACGUUGCUCUGUGUGAGGUUCUCUCAAAAAGUACUGAGUUCAUUUAUAAGAUUAUACGAGUUGUCAGAAAAGAGUUUUGUAUCACUUUCAUGGAGAAUUCAGCGUCCUAGUGAGUUUGAUAUACCAAAUGUUCUUGGUGCAUCUUUCUUUUCCUUUUCCUUGAAGUUAGACCAUUUUAAUAUCCAUGUUGAUCUUGAAGAUGAUGUUGAAUAUGAUUCUGUGGUCCUAUGCACCGUUAACAAGAUAGCUAUCAGGUUUACUGACGGAAAAUCCAAUGAACUUUGUUGUCUUAUAAAGACAAUUAUGUUUGGUACUUCCAACUUGAAAAAUGAGCAGGAUAAGUUUAUUUUAUGCCAGGCGAGAAGUAGUUCUACUAAUUCAGCUUUGCGUGUUCCUGUGGAGUAUGAUUGCACUAACUUAACAUGUGUUGCGUGUACUGAAAACUUAUCUAGCGAGUAUUGCAUUCAGUUGCGUUAUAAGAAAAGCUAUGUUCAGGUUAAUACUGUUCAACAUGAUUAUAGUAUUUUCUUGUGUGAAGUUGAUUUUCAUGUCUAUCCGAGAAUCUGUGGUUUACUGGUGAGAUUUUUCAAUAGAAUUAAUGAUAAAUACUUUUCUUCCACUUCUUUGGUGAGUUCUCUGGAAGUGGAUCAGGAUGAUUACAACUUCGACAUAGUUGGUAUUAAGCAUGCUAAGUUUGGCUUCUCUAAUUUCUGUGCUUCUGAUCCGGCCCUAUGUGAAUGCAUUUCUGUGGAUACUUUUCCUUUUGUGACUAUCGGAAAUUCAGGUUCUCCAUCUAAUCUUGACACCUCAAUUAUACACAGUAUUAAUGGAUUUCAGGAUAUGUCUAUGAUUGAUAAACAAUGCCCUAGAAGUCACAAGACAAGCAUAAACAAAAGAUCCACAAUCAUGAGUCAUUCAAUAGUGGGAAAUGGAAAUUGCGCUUCAAUGGAGGAUCAUCAGAUAACUAUUUGUUAUGAUAUCAUUUUGCUUGAUAUCAAAGUAAAUAAUGUAAAAGUUCAUUUUCAUGAUUCUUCUUGUAUUAUUGGUACAGUAAGUGUUCCCCAAUUUAGAUCUACCAUUUCAUUACAAGGGACUAGCUGUUGGGAUGUACUGGUGUCAACUGACGGGCUUUUAUUUUCCUCAUCCUGGUCCUCCCAUGAGGUUGUUUGCGGUUCUUCUUCAUCGGGCAUAUCUACUGUUUUAAAUAUUCGUGCAAGGAAAGAAGAAAAGGAAAUGAUUGUUCAAAUUAGUUUUGGCUUACAGCACGUCUCCUGCAUCUUGACACCUGAAUUUCUAGCCAUCUUGAUUGGGUACUUCUCCUUGCCUGAUUGGACAUUUAAGGGGAGUAUGAAAACACAUGAGCUGUGCUCAAAUUUUGGUAAUGAAUCUGAAAAACACCUAAGAGAAGAAUCUAAUGUCAUUUACAAGUUUGAGAUACUUGACUCUAUAUUGAUUUUACCUGUGGAGAACCAUACAGAUUUUGUUUUACAAGUUAAUAUUCCAAGAUUUUACUGUAAUUUUAUGCCCGCUAGUAGUCCUGACAUUGUUUUUAAGGAUAUUCCUUUUGACUGUGUGGUUACGUCCAUUGCCAUUGCCAACAAGCUUGAUAUCAUCAACGUAUUUGGGAGAAGCUUAUCAUUGUCAGUAGUGCCGGUCAAGGAUGAUGCGGAUUAUCUAUUCAAGCAUUGUGAAUACGUCUCUACUAAAAAUAUUCCCUUAAUCGAGCAAUUAGACGCAGACUUAUGGCUGAGAAUACCUUGCAAGUUGCAAAAUUCAGUUGAAAAUUUUGAUUUUCCCUCUUUGAUCAUGAUGAGAGUGGAUACUUGUAAAUUGAUAGUUGAAGAGAAGUACUUCACUGAUGGACUUGAAGCAACUGUGAAUGUUGCUGAUCAGCUUUCUUUGAUUGGCAAGGAAUCUGAAUGUUUUAGAUGUGAUGUCUUACAGUUUAUGCAGCUCAAGAAGAGAAGGAAAGAUGAACCUGCUACCAUUCUUGACAUGACAGAUGAGUCUUUUGUUAUUAUGAAAAUAUGUGUCAGGGCACUAUCAAUAAAAUUUUCUCACUUGAGUGAGAAACAAUCUUCUCCAUUGGAAACCAUAGCUAAAGCUUAUGUGAGGCUUGAAUGCUCUACUACAUUACGAAAUGGUUUACCAAAAUCCCUCAAUGUGGAUAUUUCCAGUUUGCUGCUUCAUUCUUUUCUCAGUGAUGUGCUAUUAGUAUCAUUCACCUCUGAUGGAGAUGUGACCUUCCGCCUUGUCAUUAACUUCUGCAGAUGGGUUGACAGUGGGCCCGAGAUUGUACUUGCUAUACCUUCCCUUGACGUUUGGUUGCAUAUGCCAGAUUGGGAUGGCAUAUAUGCUUUUCUUGCUUCCUUCAAAAACAAAUUUAACAUGACCUUAUUGUCAACCACAGCAAUUCUGGGUCCACCUCGAAAUACCCCAGAACAUGAGACAUCUUUAUGCUCUGAAAAUGUCAUGGAUGAGACUGUACGUAUGACCAUGAAAUCUAGAAACAUAAUGAUUUCAUUCUACUUGCCCAUCUGGUACAACGACGGAAAUUCAGAAAAAUCUAAAGCAAGACAUGAACAAAAAUGCCGUUUUCUUAAUGCUUCAUUUGCUGAAGAUGCGCCACUCUUUCAAUCAAAGUCUUAUAGGAAUGUGAAGAUAAUUUUGCAGAGUAAAUGUUGUGAAUUAACUCUAAGCAAAAACCAUAUGAAACUGAAAUGUAGUAUGGAAAAGAUGAGAACUAUACUGGAGAUGGAUCAAGACCAAGAAGUUUAUUCACUUCCCUUCGUAUGCAUAUCUCAUGUGAAAUUAGAAUCUGAGAUACAUACAGGACUAGAGGGAUUGAUGCAGAUUUUUAUUGAGGUUCAAAUAGACUCUGCUGAUGUUGGGUUAUCUUAUCAAAUAUUCAAAUUUUGGACUCAAAAUCAGUUUAAAGCUCAUGAAUCAAUAACUUCUAAGAUGCCAUCACACUGCAUAAUGUUUAAAGUUAGAUUGAUGAAGGGAGCUGUACUCUUGAGUGAUGGAAGGUGGAGCUUCCACGGACCUAUCCUGGAGAUCCUGAUAAAGAACAUGGUCAUUCAGUUAAACCAGAGAAAGGAUAGCUUGGAGGGCUCUGGCUUUUCUGAUCUUCUAAUAAAUUACAAUAAUAUUGAUAAGGUUAUGUGGGAGCCGUUUGUUGAACCAUGGAGCUUUCAAAUCACAUUAGUAAGAAAGGGAGCGGGAAACUUCCUAUUUGGCCAACCCAAAACUACAGAUAUUUGUAUGGACUCAACAAACCAGCUAAAAUUGAAUAUUACGGAACCACUAAUUGAGGCUUUGUUCAGGUUACAGAAAAUGAUUAGCGAUGCCUUGAAUCAGGAUGUUGAAGUACAUGAAAGUCUAGGAAACAUUGGAAAUCCACCAAAUGACAAAAUACAUAUUAGGAGAUAUGCACCAUAUAUUCUCUGUAACGACACUUCAUUGCCCUUGACGUUCCAUGUUUCUCGUGGCCUUGUCAAUGCGCAAGAUAUUCAAAGUUUGGCUAACAGAGAUCUUAGUGUUGUCCAACCGGGUUUCUCCAUUCCAAUUUAUGUCGAAGAAACAAUUGAUGAACAAUUUUUCCGACGUAGACCAGCACAUUCGUCGGAGUUACUUAUUGAAAAGAAACUUAAUGCUGCUUCACAUCAUAUGAUUUCCAUCCAUUUUGAUGGGACUUCUUGUCCUUCCAAGCCCUUGUCAAUGGAUUUGGUGGGCCUGAACUGCUUUGAGGUGAACUUCUCUAAUAAUAAGCAAUCAAGAAUAGUAGAUAUCUGCAGAGAUGACAAUCCCUCAAAAUAUAGUUUGGCAACUGAGAGGCAAACUGAUGAUGAUCAUAGGAAAGGAUUAGUAGUUCCAGUGGUUUUUGAGGUUUCUAUGCUGCAGUAUAGCAAGAUGAUACGAUUAUACUCAACAGUUAUACUCUUGAAUGCCACAUCUAUGCCUUUGGAGCUACGGUUUGAUAUUCCAUUUGGUGUUUCUCCAAAGAUAUUGGAACCAAUACAACCUGGACAAGAGCUCCCAUUGCCGCUUCACUUGGCUGAGGCUGGGCGAAUACGAUGGCAUCCUGUCAGCACAAAUUACUUGUGGAGUGAAGCACAAUCGCUGCCGAACAUACUCUCACAAGAAAAUAGACUUGGGCCCUUCAGAUCAUUUGUGUGCUAUCCUGCACAUCCAACUAGUGAUCCUUUUCGCUGCUGCAUAUCAGUCCAAGCUCUUAGCUUGUCUUCAUUGGGUUCUGCAAGCCCAUCACUGGCCGACACUUCAACUGUAAAGUCAAAUUUCAAUAGUAGUGGUAAAAGAACGCAUAAAGCUGCUCCACCGAAGAAACAUAUUAUACACCGUUUGAAACUUAUAACACCUUUGUUACUAAAAAAUUAUCUUCCUGUGAACUUAUCAUUAAUUUUAGAAUCUGGUGGAGUUGCACAUUCUCUUAAGAUUUGCGAGGGAAAUUUUAAUUCCUUUUUUGCGGUUGAUUCUAUGCAUGAACUUGAGAUCACAUACCAAAUGGAAGGUUAUAGGCCUGUUAUUUCCAAAUUUCCUCGAGCAGAAUCUUUCUCUGAGAUUGCCAAGUUUUCUGGGUCCAAAUACUUUUUACUUGAAAGAAUAUCCUUUUACCCUUACACCUCUUCUGGUCCUUUAUCUGUAACCCUUGAGAAGACACUUGAUGCAUCAUGUGGUGCACGAGAAAUCAGCCUUUCUGUUUCAUAUUUGCUGUAUAAUUGCACUGGUCUACUGCUUGCUAUUGUAGAUGGCAACCAAGGCCAUAAAGGAGUUAUUCAUGUGAUUCCCUCAAGUUAUCAGUUAAUGGAUCAAGCACAGCUUGAGGAUGAAAAACAUGGCCUUGCAUUUUUAUCUUCUCAGUCCAACUCAUUCCAGGGUUCUUUAAAUUGCUGCUCCACAUCUACAGGAGAUAAUGCAAUGCAAUCUUUACGAGCUUUUACAAGCAGUUCAAUGGUCGGGCUUAAUGACAUCAAUCCAAUUUACUCAUCAAAGAAGGCUGGAGAUGCUGCCAGGAGCACUGUGUAUGGUUUCUCUAAAAGGGCUAAGCCUUAUAUGUAUGCUCCUCUAGAUCAUAUUCCUGCUUCAGACCUUUUGGUUAGAUUGGCUGUAUCCUCCAGUCAUAUUAGAUCAGAAAGCAUGCAUAUUCCAGCUUGGUCAACUCCAUUUCCUCUAGUCCCCGCGAGUGGUUCUAUUAAUGUCACUAUUCCAAAGCCAAAUGCACCUAGUGCUUUCUUAAUAUCUGUUACAUCCAUAACUGUUUCUGAAAAAUUAUCUGGAUGGACAAGGGCUAUUACAUUUCAGCCGAGAUUUGUUAUCUGUAAUGCAUGUACCAGAGAUUUGUCUUACAAACAGAAAGGAACAAAUAAUGCUUAUUCUUUACGUGUUGGUCAACACUCUCAUCUUAAUUGGUCUGAUACAUCAAGAGAGUUGCUUGUAUCUCUUCGGUUUAAUGGAAUGGGAUGGCAAUGGUCAGGGAGUUUCCUUCCAGAUUGCCUUGGAGAUGUUCAAGUAAAAAUGCGCAACUAUGUGUCCGGUGAAUUAAACAUGGUCCGAGUUGAAGUACAAAAUGCUGAUAUGGCUUUGAAUGAUGAAAAAUCAAUUCCAAAGUCUAAUGGAAGCUUUUCAACUCAGUUAAUACUUCUUUCAGAUGACAAGACUGGGUUUAUUCCAUACAGGAUAGAUAAUUUCUCAAUGGAGAGACUACGGAUUUACCAGCAUAAGUGUGAAUCUGUUGAAACUGUUGUGCAUCCCUACACAUCAUGCGAGUAUGCUUGGGAUGAACCUUGCUAUCCUCAUCGUAUCAUUGUUGAGGUACCUGGUGAAAGAAUUGUGGGUACAUACAAUCUUGAUGAUGUACAAGAGUAUGCCCCUGUGUGCUUUUCUUCAACAUCUGAGAAGCCGGACAGAAGAUUUUCUGUCUCAGUACAUGCAGAAGGAGCAACAAAGGUGCUCAGUAUUAUUGACUCGAGUUAUCACAUCAUAAGAGACAUCAAAGGAAGUAAUUUUCUUGGAUUCAAGGAGAAAAGAAAAGCUGAUAAGAGACUGUAUCAAGAAUCUCAUUUCACUGAAGUGAUAAAAUUUCACUUGUCUUUUGUUGGAAUCUCUCUGAUGAGUUCAGCCCCCCAGGAAUUGAUAUUUGCUUGUGCUAGGGAGACAACAGUUGUUCUGAUGCAGAGUUCAGAACAGCAGAAGAUUUUGUCUCAAAUUUUAUCACUUCAGAUCGAUAAUCAGCUGUCUGAUACCAUAUACCCUAUAAUAGUUUAUUUUGAUAAUGAUUACAGAGGAAGAUCUUUAAACCAUUCAAAAAAUAAGGAAAACUGGUUGCAGGUUCAGCUUGACAGUACGAGUUCAUCUGUUACAUGUGAACCCGUAUUUUAUUUUUCUGCAGCCAAAUGGAGGAAAUCAGAUGUAUCGUUGGUUUCAUUUGAAUAUAUAACCUUCAGAUUGGCUUCUAUGUGCAUCGAGCUUGAAGAACAAAUUCUCUUAUGCUUAUUUGAUUUUUUUCGAACUGUAAAUUCAAGAUUGCAGAGAACAUCACAAAAGAAUUUUGAUCAGCGAAUUCUAGGUUAUUGUAGUGAUGCAACACAUAAAUUUGCAAGGGGUCACAGUUAUUUGUGUGGACAAUAUGAUAUUUUGAGGACAUCUGAAGUCAUUGAGACUGAUGCUAGCGAUUUGUUACCUGAUGUAGCCCCAAUGGGAGCUCCAUGGCAACAAAUUUAUGUAUUAGCUAGAAGACAAAAAAAGAUAUAUGUUGAAAAUUUUGAAUUGGCACCCAUCAAGCUUUCCCUUAGCUUUUCAAGCACUCCGUUGAUGAUCCGAGCUGAAGUCUUUGCUGAAGUUGAAAAUCUUACUCGUAUUAGUAGUACUGCAUUUCAGAGAGGUAUUAUGGCUCUAGUUGAUGUUGAAGGAGUGCCUGUUCACCUUAGGCAACUAACUCUUGAACAUCUCAUGGCUAGUCCUGGAUCAAUACGAGAUAUCCUUGUGAGACAUUACAUGCGGCAGUUGCUUCAUGAGAUCUACAAGCUAUUUGGUUCUGCGGGUGUAAUAGGAAAUCCUAUUGGCUUUGCAAGGAACGUUAGGCUUGGUAUAAGGGACUUUCUAUCGAUUUCCAGCAGAGGUAUUUUACAGAGCCCUAGUGGACUGUUGACUGGUGUAAAAGAAGGUUCAAAAAGUCUUUUUAGCAAUACAAUCUAUGCCCUAAGUAGCACUGCUAGUCAGUUUACUAAAGCUGCUCAUAAGGGCAUAGUUGCUUUUACUUUUGAUGACCAAAUAGUUGAUGAAAUGGAUAAACAGCUACAAAGUAUUGAUGUGCAUGGUAAAGGAGUACUAAAUGAGUUUUUGGAGGGCCUCACUGGACUACUUCAGUCUCCAAUCAGAGGUGCUGAGAGGCAUGGCCUUCCUGGUGUUCUCUCAGGCAUUGCGAUGGGGACUGCGGGGCUUGUGGCGAGACCGAUAGCCAGCAUUCUCGAAGCAACGACAAAAACCGCACAAAGCAUCAGAAAUAGAAGUAGCCCUCACCCAUCCAACAGGUGUCGCAUCCGUCUUCCUCGGCCUUUGGCUAGGGAGCUUCCCCUGUCACCCUACUCCUGGGAAGAAGCGAUUGGUGCCUCCAUGAUUCAACAAGCAGACAUGGGCAGGCUUAAGGACGAGGUAUAUGUGACAUGCAAAGCACUAAGAAAGGCUGGUAGAUUCAUACUUAUCGGUGAGAAGCUGGUAGUGAUCUUCUCGAGCUCCUGCUUGGUGGAUUUUGGCUUGAUAACUUUUGCAGGUGUUCCUGCUAAUCCAACAUGGGUUAUAGAAAUGGAGAUGAGUUUGGAAAGUGUUGUUCAUGUAGAUAGAGCAGAUAAUGAUUUGAAUAUUGUUGGAGACAAUGCUGGUCUUCCAUCUUGGCACAAGAAAGGUUUCAGAUCUAGGAGUGCAACUUCUGCACCCUUUGUCUCCAUAAGUGUGGAGUUACCUAACGCAGAAGAAGCUGAAGAUGCUUUGCAGGUCUUGCUAUCUACUAUUGAACUGGGGAAGGAGAAAAGAGGGGGUGUUAAAGUAUUGCAUCGAAUUAAUCUUAGCUAAGAUUAUGUAAAUUAUAGUGUUCCAUUAUUUUGUCUUGCACAUUAGAGGCUUAGUGCAUGGGGUAUGUACAUAUUUGUAGGCUGUGCUGUAAAUAGCAAAUGUACAGUUGCAGGACAUUUUGUAACCAGAUAAUAUUGCUGAAAUUUUCUCCUGGAUAUGCUUUACAAGUAGCGUUUAGGCAAAUGCAAAGUGGAUUACAGAGCCCAAUUUGCAACAAAGAGUCCCAAGCAUUGCUUGGCAUAGGAACAAGAUUAGCCUUGCAUGGAAUGUUUGCUAUACAAAUCCUCUGAACUGAAAUGAUGAAGUGAUGUCUAACAUGGUACUCCCCUGAUUUUGUUGA